AUGCUCGAGAAGCUCAUGUCGAUGACAACUGUGGAUAUCCUCACCUUAGCUCUCCCAGUACCUAAGACUAGCUACACUGGCGUGAGUAUGUACGUCGAUGAUAAAGGAGUCGCCAAGAACCUUCCUGUGAAUUUACGAGCUCAAGGGCUGACUUCAGCUUGUGGCCUUAUCGGUAAUCAAAUUAGAGGAGAUGCGUUCGUCGGGAGGAUGUACGAUGAUGGGAAGGACAAGUGGUUCAGGAUGGACUUUCGCGAGUCGGACCUCAACUCUGGUUUAGAGUGGAUUGCUGCAGCGAAGUCCAUUAACAUGAAACAGGGUGGCGGCACUACUCUUAGUGCACUCACAAGUCAAUAUGGCAUGGGGUCGAACUCAGAAGUGGCAGCGCCCACAUCUGUUGCUAACAUGCCUAACCGCGAGGAGCCGGUAAAACGGGAAGGAUAUACUUUCCGUCAGACUAAGGACGAGUACAUCAAUCUGAUCAACGAACAGGUCGAAAUAGAUAUUCCGCUGGCGAAUGGCGUCUCUAAGAGGGACAUCAAGGUGACAAUAAAGCCCAAGUUCAUAUCAGUUCACGUCAAUCACAUGUCUGUGGCAAUAGAGGGACAGUCUGAAGCUGUGAUGGACUACUACGUAGGUCCUCUGUGGGGCCAUGUCGAUACUGAUGGUAGCGGUUGGAUGAUAGACGAUGGGACUCUGAUUAUCACUAUGGAAAAAGAGAAGGAGAAUGAAUGGUGGGAAGACCUCGUUGAUACUAAGAAUGACACAGAGUAA